UUUGCCAUUUCAGGUACAAUUUUAUUGUAUUGCGACAUUUAGAUGGAAAUGUUUUAGAAUAGACACGAUGCCUCCCAAAGGCAUCAUCACUUUUUCCGAGCGUCGCAUGAAUGCAUCACGACUGCACGCCCUGCCCCGGUGACAGCAGACACCGCCCGCCGCCAUCCAGGUGCUCACUUCGGGGGAGCUUCUUUCUGGACCUCCUUUGUUUUCGGAGGCUCUACCGAGCUGAGGAGGUGUACCACCACUGUGCUAUGCUUUGUCUCCAAGAACGACCACCUAAUGCCCCGAACCCCCUCCUCCUCCUGCCAGGAAAAAUGAAGCGGGAGCACGGUCCAAAAAUGAGGACGGCCACGUUCUGACUCGUCCGUGUCGCGUCCAAGCUGAGUUGGGAAGCCUGCUAAGCAAGCAACCACCCGGGGCAAGUCUCCCGGACUUCGCGGCGCCAUGGCGGGGCUCAUCAAGAAGCAAAUCUUGAAGCAUCUCUCCAGGUUCGCCAAGAACCUGUCGCCCGACAAGAUCAACCUAAGCACGCUGAAGGGCGAAGGUCAGCUCACCAACCUGGAGCUGGACGAGGAGGUGCUCCAGAGCUUGCUAGAUCUUCCCACCUGGCUGGCCAUCAACCGCGUGUGCUGCAACAAGGCCGCCAUCCGCAUCCCCUGGACCAAGUUGAAGACUCACCCCAUUUCCCUGACACUUGAUAAAGUGGAAAUGGAAAUGAGCACUUGCGAUGAACCCCGCCCCCCCAACGGCCCCUCCCCUAUCGCGACUGCGUCGGGUCAGAGCGAGUACGGCUUUGCCGAGAAGGUGGUGGAGGGCAUGUCGCUGUCCAUCAACUCCAUCGUGAUCCGCAUCGGCGCCAAGGCCUUCAACGCCUCCUUCGAGCUCUCCCAGCUGCAGGUGUACAGCGUCGACAACAGCUGGAGCCUCAGCGACCUGCGCUCCACACGCAUUCAGGACCCUCAGCGGGGGGAGCUGCUGUCCUUCAAGGAGAUCAGCUGGCAGAUGAUCCGCAUCGAGGCCGACGCCAUCCAGAGCGCCGAGCACGACAUGCUGAGCGCGCCCAUCCGCCUCAUCACCAACCAGUCCAAGAUCCGAGUCACGCUCAAGCGACGCAUGAAGGACUGCAAUGUUGUGGCCUCCAAGCUGGUUCUGAUCCUGGACGACCUGCUGUGGGUGCUGACCGACUCGCAGCUCAAAGCCAUGGUGCAGUACGCCAAGUCCCUCAGCGAGGCCAUGGAGAAGUCGGCGCAGCAGAGGAAGAGCUUGGCCACCGAGGACCAGGCGUCGUCCGGGCUGCCCUCGGCCCAGCAGGCGCGCCCGGCGCAGACGUUGGCGGCGGCCGACCAGAGCGCCACCAUGGCAAAGCUGUUCAGCGACCACGACGUGUGCGAGACGUCGCACCACCUGCAGAUCAAGCAUCUGGACCUACACAUCUGCGACGACAUCCACGGCCCGGACAAAGUGAUCAAAAAGAGGAUGACAGGUGGGGCCAUGCAGCUGUCCUUCAGCUCCAUCACGCUGGACUACUACCCCUUCCACAAAGCAGGCGACAGCUGCAUGCACUGGAUGCACUACAGCGAGGCCACCAAAACGCGCGAGGAUUGGGCGCGGUGCCUCCUGGAUGAGUUCAAGUCCAACGUGGAGAUGCUGAAGAGUGCGGUGCGAGGCCAGCAGGGGGCGGCGCCCGCGCACGGCUCACCCGGUAAGCUGUCCGUUAGGGACGAUGUGUAUUGGCCCAUUGGGCUUAGUGAGGCCGAGGGAGCCCUGGUAGAAUGGAGCCCGCACAUGCAGCCUCCAGCCCAGUGCUGCUGGUGCCUUGAGCCAGGCAAGAUCAACACGUCGUCCACAUCGUCCAUCAGCGCGCCACCUCAGAGCCCCAAGACGCAGCUCAUGUCCAGCUCGGUGGUCCUCAGGAUGGCCGACUUCAGCAUCUACCAGGUUUCCACGGCGGACCAGCGACGCUCCAGCCCCAAGACCAUGAUCUCCUGCAACAAGAAGUCCUUGUACCUUCCUCCCGAGAUGGCGGCCAUCCACGUCGAGUUCACCGAGUAUUACUUCCCGGAUGGAAAAGACUACCCCAUCCCGUGUCCCAACCUGUACGCCCAGCUGAACGCCCUGCAACUGGUCUUGGACGCUCGCAGCCUGGUGUGGCUCAACCUCUUCGCUUUGGACCUGCGGCAGAGUCUGGAGCAGUUCAUGGAAAUCUACAAGCUCAAUGACUCGCAGAAGCCCGACGAGCACGUGGACGUCAAGGUGGACGGCCUCAUGCUGAAGCUGGUGAUCCCGGCCGAUCGGGACCCCUCGUGCCCGCCCGACCUUCCCCGCUCCGUCUCCGUGCAGACGUCGGAGAUGGUGGCCACCAACACCCGCCACCCGGCCAAUUGCACCCGCGCCCACCUGGAGGCGCUGCUGCAGGCCUUCCAGGGCGAAGAAUUCUUCUCGCCCUCCUACGUCUCCUUCCCCCGCUCGUCCUCCUCCCUGCCGCUCCUUCAUCCCGUUUUCCGCUACCACGCCCACGAGCAGGACACCCGCCUGCACGACAUCUACCGCGGCCUGGUGGUGCCCAGUAUGACGGCCGACGCCCUGAAAAUGCCGGCCGCCGCUGACUUCUGGGCGAUGCACUUUGCGCAGUUCUGGGUGGACUAUGAGGGCAAGGGGCGGCCGCAACCCUUCGUGGACUCCUUCCCCCUCACCGUGUGGGCCUGCCAACCCGCCAAGCUCCUCGCGCACCAGGAGAAACUGCGGGGAAUGUCCCGCAGCGCCUCCGCCGACUCCGCCGGGCGAAUGCAGAGGAAGCGGCUGCUGAAGGAGUUCUACAGCGCCGACGGCGCGCCCCCGCCGGCCCACAGUCCAUCCAACGGACUCCAUAAACCGCAAUCGUUGGACAGCUUGCCUUCUUCUCCUUUGGCGUCUUCGGGCAAAGAUGCGGAUGUCCACCUGCUGGUGCAGGUUCACAAGCAUCUCAGUGCUCAGGUGAGCCACCAGCAGUAUGUGUUCCUGAUGCGUCUGCAGCGCAGCAUCAAGGCCCUGCAGCAGACUUUGCAGCAGGACCUGGAAGACAUGGGGUGUCUGCGCAAGGCUCCACCCCAACGUCCCGCCGACCACCGGCCCUUCACCGCCUGCCUGGGCCUGCUGCUCAAGAGCGCCGAGGUCUCCCUCCUCCUCAAGCCCGUCGCCCAGACCGAAGGCUCGGGAACUCCUCUCGGGUCGGAGCUGUCCCCCUCGGCGAGCGGAGGAACCUUGGAGCCGGCCGGCGACGCGGAGGCGAAAGGGACCUCCACCGCGGACGAAAUGCUGUGCGGCGACGUGCCCGAGGCUAAAACAUCUCGGGGGCCCGACCCUCUGAUCCCCACCACCGUCUCGGCGUCAAAUCACCAGUCCCCACACGAGGAGAGGACUUCCUCGGCCAAGAGUGCCGGGAGCCGGAGUUCCGGUGAAGGCGAGGAGAUGGUGGCCGAGGUUUUCGCCAGCGAGGACGAAAGCAAGCUUCAGGCAGGUGAGCCGCUUUGCGAGGACAAAGCUGCGGCCGCCAAGAUGACCCAGUCCACGUCCAGGAAAGGAAGUUUGUCUGUCGUUUCCGAUCUCCUCAGCUCCUCAUCUACCAGCAGAUCCUCCUCCCUUUAUUCCAUGUCCAACAUCGGACGCCUGAUGCGCGACCGCUCGCAGUCCACUUUCUCGGUGACCUACAAGAACAUGAAGAAGAGUCCGUCCCUGCAGUCUCUGGACAACAUCUCCAUCGACAGCUACCUGCUGGAGGACGGCGACACCAACAGCCUGAUGGAAAGAGAUGACAUGUCCAUCUCAGGAUUCAAGGCCGCCGCCGACAGCGGCGCCGAGGUCGCCGCCCCCGCGCCAGUCCCGGAGCAGGAAGGAGGCGUGUCCCCCGACACCGUCAGCGCCGCCUCGCAAAGCAUCGAUGAACCCUCCAAGGACAUUGUGUCGGUGGUGGUGCUGAAGGUGCACUCGGUGUGCGUGGCCAUGGAGGCGGUGGGCGAGAGCACGGCCGUGGCUCUGGAGGUGGACAAAGUCACGCCCGUCCAGUUGGGCAACGUCAGCUUGCGGCAGUACCUCAGCAGCCGCAGCCUGGGUAUGGUGUGUUCAAUGCCGGCUCAGAGCAGCCAAGGCCCGGCCAAAGUGCCCACGCCGUCCAAGGGGGCCCCCCACCGCCCGGAGGUGCGGGCCCGGCUGGAGAGCGGGCCUUGCGCCGCCGCCCGCUCGCCGCUGGCCGAGCGCAACGGCUUCCUGGAGUUGCGCCUGAGCGGCUACCGGGCCGGCCUGCUCAUGUCCACCUUGCGCAACCUGGCCCACUUCCUGGAGGACGACACGGCGCCGCAGGUGCUGCCCAUGGAGAUCAGCGUACGGGACACGCACAUAAACUUGAAGGACGACAGCCGGCGGGACAACCCGUCCGACUCGGAGCCCAUCACGCUGCAGGUGAACAGCCUGCUCAUCCGCCGACGUGACGACGGCGCCUUCUCCAUCGGAGCGGACCCCGAGGCCAAAAGGUCGUCGUCGACGACGGAUGGCGCCCUGACCCCGGUCAGCGAGGUCGCCUUCGCGGAGGCCGCGCAGACCCCCGCUGGCCCGUCAAACCACGAACAAAUGCUGAUGGAAGAGAACGAUUGCCUGAAAGUGGAGCUGUCCCGGGCCAAAAUGGCACUGGCCGAGGUUCAGAUGGAGAGGGACUCGCUGCUGCACAAAAUCAACAGCCUCAAGGUCAACACCAGCUAGCCGCUUACCGUGUGGAUAUUUCCUAACUUAAUAAUUCCUUCAUGAAGCAAUGCAGAGGAUGAAGAAAAGUCCUUUUUUUUUUUUUAACAGCAAAAUGACGUGUGUGCGUGUCGUGAUGUGGACUUGGACAACGGUUGAAUCAAAUCUUAAUGAAUGUUUCUGAGGAAUGUCACCGGGGAAAGAUCAAUUUUGCACAUCUUGCUCUUAUAUGUGUGUGUGUGUGUCCUCUUAGAAUGUGAGAGCUCUUUUGUACACAGAUCUGAACUGUUGCACAGUGUUGAAUGUGCGCGUCGGUGAGAACAAGCAUUUCAUUCCCCAGAUGAGUUUUUAUGGGUUGGGCCGCUUCCCAGCUAUUUUUCUAGGAAAAAUGUACAGCGUGUACUCCCGUUCAGCUUCGCUCCAUUGCUCUUUGUGCAUCUUUCUGCCCGCGUGGUUGUCCGCCAUCUUGAUUGAGCUGUGCAAAGGGAGAUUAUUUUGUCUGUCAACGCUGCUGAAUUGCAGAUUAAAACAAGCAAAAAAAAAUAAUCAAAUAUGAAAA